AUUUAUUUUCAAUUAAGGAAUUUUCAGGAUAAGAAUAUGAAGCUCGUUGUGUUGCGGGAGGGUGGAUCUCGUAUGGAAGUACAGUUGUCGAAGUUCCUUACUUCCAUUGGACGUGACGCGAACUCGGACGUUAAAAUCUGUCAUCCGUCAGUGUCGCGACGCCACUGUAUAAUCCGGACUACAGAACACAAUGUGUAUAUGGAAGUGUUGAGCUCAAGUGGUGCAUUGGUGAAUGGUGCUCUGGUUCGUCAGGGACAAACUGUGGAUAUGCGACAGGGCGACAAGAUCGCUUUUAGGUCCAACGCGAUCCAGUUACCGACAAUUGUCGUGGACAAGACCAGGAUCAUCCGCCAACAGACAUUGGUGGCGGAUUUGGACUCGGAACUGCGCAGAGUGAUUGAAGCGGAAACGGAAGAGCCAGCCCAACGAAGGUCUCGUUCCCGCUCUGUGAUCCGCCAACAACAACAAUCAUCAUCAUCCUCGUCCUCACCGGAAGUCACUUCCACUCUGGACGCCAUCGUGGAUGCCGUGACUUGCUCCAUUUGCAUGGAACUCGUGCACAAUGCCGUGUCGCCGUGCCAAUGUUUGCACGCGUUUUGCGGCGGGUGUUUGUCUGCCUGGGUUUUUCGACGCGGCACUCCGCGCGUCAAUUGUCCCAAGUGUCGGACGAGCAUGCGAUCCGUGUCGGCGAAUCACGUGGCGGCGAGCAUUUCUGCCGAGUUGGAAAAGGUGCGACCGGAUGAUGCGAAAACGCCCGAGGACAAGACGGUGUCGGACCAGGCCAAUCGGUUUGCCGGCAAGAAGGUUUUUCAUUUGGCCGACAUGUUUUUGGCCGAGUAUGGGAGCCACUCGAGGAAUUGGCGACGACGACGACUGAGGAACAAUCAUCCGUCUCCGACGCAGUGAAGUGAAGUGAAGUGAAUCUGAAGGAAUGGGAAGAAGAAAAUCGUUUUGUCUGCCGGAGAGCCACCCUCCUUUUUUUUUUUUUGCGCGCGCGCGUGUGUUUUUUUUUGAAAAACGAGAGGGAAGAAGUUGAAAUGUACGAGAUUUUUUUUUUUUUGCAUUGCACGAGAGCCAAUUUAUAUGCGCAUGAUAAACAUGUUAUACAUCUGAAUUGAAGGAACUAACGCGUCCUAGGUGUGUUGAGUUUAUCGUAUUUACCGGACUACAGGCCACACUGUUGAAUUUUUGGCAGUUUUUUUUUUUGGUUUUGGUGCCUCUAAUUUUACGAGAUUUUUUAUGACGAAAGAAAGGUCAAUUAAGCGUGUGUAUGGAAUGUUGAUGGGAUCCAGACUCCGAAAGAAAAAAAAUUAAUUCCCUUGUGAAAGAGGUUGAAUUUCUAUGUGUUGAGGAUCCCCGAGGGAAUUUUAAAUGAGCUGCUUAAAUUAAAUGCACUCAUAUUGCGGUUGUUCAGUGUAAGACAUUUGAAAAUUGAAAUCGUGUCAAGCAUAAGAGAAGAGUCUUUAUUUUUUUUUGGCAACCACAUUAGAAAAAUUAAUAAUUUGAUCAACUACGGGUUCUCAUUUUAAGGGAAAAAAAGUGCCUUGUGUUUGAACCACGGAUUUUGUCAACAGGUAGAUAAAUCUAGAUUUAUAAAUUUUUCUUUUUAUAAGAGUGGCCUGUAGUCUAGUGAAGUUUGGUCUUGAUUUUCUUUUUCGUUUCCCUGAAGUUACCACACUGGGAAUUUUUUUAACACUCGGGAAAACUUUUUUUUUUUGGUUCCUUGUCCAAGAAAUUGCGGAUAUGGUA